ACUCAUAUACUAUUUACAAAAACCACAAAGUUAGUGUGCAAAUUCAAGAGCUCUCUUCCCUUCUCUCUUCUUUGACCUUCUUUCUCUUUGGUCAUUUGAAAUUCUUUGGGAAAAAAAACAUUAACUCCAAUUAUUUUCUCUCUCACUUUCUUGGCCUUUAAUUUCUAACAUAUGUUAGGGACAAAAAGGUAAAUAAAUAAAAGAAUCAUGGCAUUAGAGACAGUGGUUUACCCUCAAAAACAAUAUAAUGGCUAUGUUUGUAAAGAAUUUUAUGGCUAUGAAGAGCAAGAAAGUUCCAUUAUUCUUGACAAUAAUUGGAAGUACACUUCAUCUUGUAAUUAUUCAAUGAUGCAAAAUCAAGUGAAAUUAGGAGAUUGCAAUAUUGUUGAGGAGAAUAGUAAUAAUAUGCUGUUUUUGGAGGGUUCAUCUGCAAAUUCAAAUUCUUUAAGGUGUUGCACGAAGAAAAGGAAACGAACAUGUAAUAAUAAAGACCAGAGAAUGAUACAUAUAGCUGUGGAGCGAAAUCGGCGAAAACAAAUGAAUGAUUAUCUUACUAUUCUUCGAUCUUUGAUACCAUCUUCCUACGUUCAAAGAGCGGACCAAGCAUCAAUAAUUGGAGGAGCCAUAAACUUUGUAAAAGAGCUAGAGCAUAAUCUCCAAACUCUACAAGCUCAAAAGACAUUAAUUUCUCAGCUCGAAAAAAGCGAUAUAUCAUCAUCACCAUUUUUUGCUGAUUUCUUCUCUUUCCCACGAUACUCAAAUUGUUCAUGUGAGUCAUCAGUAGCAGUCGAGAAAUCUCGACCACUACUGAUGAGUCAUGACAUACAAGUGAACUUAGUAGAGAGUCAUGUCAACCUCAAAAUAGUCUCAAAGAGAAGACCAAAACAACUCAUGAAGAUAGUAGUUGGCCUUCAAUGCUUGUGGCUUACUAUUCUUCACCUUAAUGUCACUACUGUUCAUGACCAAAUUGUUCUUUACUCCAUCAGUACUAAGCUAGAGGAAGGGUGCCAAUUGACAACAGUAGAAGAAAUUUCUCAUGCUGUUAACCAAUUAUUGGAUAGAAUUCAAGAAGAGGAGGCUACUUCAAGUUCAAACUAAUAAUUUUUUUCUCAAAAAUAUAAUAGCUCUUGUUUAUUUAAUUUCUAUA